GUAAAUUGACUUCCCGAGCGUGCAUAUUAAAAUUUGACUUUGCACGACGUUUCUCGAAAAGUGCAAAUCUGCGGUUGAUCCAAGUGGAAUUUAAUAAACUAGAGUUUUUACGAACGCUUUGUAAAACUGACUGAAAGAUAUUGAAUUGAAUAGUGUGAAAAGUGCCUGUUAUACAUAAAAUUAGUACAAAUUUUCGUGCAGUUGCUCAGCCUUGAAGUAUAUCUUUUAGUGGUAUUUGAAAAUCGCGUAUCAUUGCGAACCUCGUGUUACUAUUUAGAGCCUAGAAAUGGCCAAGUGGGGCGAAGGUGAUCCUCGAUGGAUUGUGGAGGAGCGACCAGACGCAACCAAUGUUAACAACUGGCACUGGACAGAGAAAAACGCUGGUCCGUGGUCGAAAGACCGACUGAAGGAGCUACUAAAUGACUUAGAAAUCGCGCAAAACGGUAUAGAUUGUAAGGUAACUGAAGUAGAAAAGAUCGACGGUGAGGCCACUGCAAAUAACAGAAAAGGGAAGUUAAUAUUUUUCUAUGAAUGGGAUAUCAAGUUGAAAUGGGAAGGCCUGCUGGCUGGUGCCAAAGACAAGGUUAAGGGCGAAAUGCACAUCCCUAAUUUAUCAGAAGAGAAUGAUGUCAGUGAAGUUGAUAUGACAGUCACAAUCAAAGGCAGUGGUGAUGAAGCUCAGCGCGUUAAAGCCUUCAUGCAUAACGUGGGAAGGGAUAAAAUUCGCAAGCAACUCAAAGAGUACAUUCGUAGCUUGAAGGAAGAAUUCUCUAAAGGCCUAAUCCUACCCAAGAAGGGAGAGGCGUCUGUAAAACCAGACAAUAUAUCAACAAUAACAAGCGGUUUCAACAAAAAAGUGAACAUGGAGCCAGUGGUGUCUACGCAAAGCAAACCUGUCGGUUGCAAACUGGAUACGAAAACUAUUGAGUUAACGGAGACGUUCCAAUGUCGCGCGCAAGAGUUUUACGACGCUAUGACGCGGAUAGAAAUGGUUACGGCUUUCACGCAAGGUCAUGUUAAGAUGGAGGCGGAGAAAGGCGGCAAAUUCGCCUUGUUCGGUGGUAAUGUGACGGGGGAAUUCAGGGAGUUGGUACCUGGCAAGAAAAUUGUGCAAUAUUGGCGGUAUAAGCAGUGGCCCGAACAUCAUUUCUCGGAAGUCACUUUCAAUAUUGAGGAGAAGGACGACCACACGCUAGUCUCUUUAAAGCAAGAGCUGGUGCCAGCGUCCGAGGUGGAGCAAACGCGCGACAACUGGAAACGUUACUACUUCGACAGUAUCAAGAGAGCGUUCGGCUUUGGAGCUUUCCUGUGAUCUCGGAGUAUUGCUUAGCUAAAAUUAGGUAUAAAAAAAUGCUACAA